CAUGAUUUCACGCUUGUUUUUCUAUAUAUUAGAUAUAGAUACCCGUGAAACGUCUCAUUUCAGACCAUUCUCAUUCGAUACCGUAUCUUUUGAUAUCAAUCUCUCAUAUUCAUAUAUACUCCUGAAGGAGAUCAAGAAGCUUCACCCUCUCUUGAUACCAUCAUCACAUCACCCCUCACAGGACCUGAAAAAAUGGCCCCUCACGCUGAGCUCAGCUCGUCCCCCCCAACCACAUCUCCAGCCACAUUUGCUCCUUCAUCCACACAAGAAGCUUCCACAUUAGACUACAGGGGCUACGACCAUGUUCACUGGUAUGUCGGCAACGCAAAGCAGGCUGCGACCUACUACAUCGCCCGCAUGGGCUUCCACAAGGUAGCCUUCCGCGACCUGUCCACCGGCUCCCGUGCCAUCGCCUCCUACGCCGUCCGCAACGGCAGCGUGACCUUCGUGCUCACCUCACCUCUGCGCUCAGCUAGCCAGGCUGAGGACCCGAAGGAUAAGAAGCUGCUCGCGGAGAUCCAAGCGCAUAUGGAGAAGCACGGUGAUGCGGUGAAGGAUGUUGCGUUUGAGGUUGACGAUGUGGAUGAGGUAUAUAACCAGGCUGUGAAGAACGGCGGGAAGAGUGUUUCGCCGCCGGAGACGGUAACGGAUGAGUCUGGUAGCGUUAGAGUUGCCACGAUUCAGACGUAUGGUGAGACGACACAUACUCUCAUCUCGAGGAAGGAGUACAAGGGUGUCUUCCUGCCAGGGUUCAAGGCUGCACCUGAUGCCGAAGACCCACUGAACACCUAUCUCCCCAAGAUCACCCUCGAGGCUAUGGAUCACUGCGUCGGCAACCAAGAUUGGGACGAGAUGGACAACAUCUGCGAAUACUACGAGCGCGUCCUCGGCUUCCACCGCUUCUGGUCCGUCGACGACAAAGACAUCUGCACCGAGUUCUCGGCCCUAAAAUCCGUCGUCAUGGCGUCCCCCGACGAGCGCAUCAAGAUGCCUAUCAACGAGCCCGCCGUCGGCAAGAAGAAGUCCCAGAUCGAGGAGUACGUCGACUUCUACGGCGGCGCGGGCGUGCAGCACAUCGCGCUGCGGACGAAGGAUAUCAUUUCCGCCGUUACGGCGCUGCGUGCGCGCGGUGUGGAGUUCAUUACGAUCCCGGAUAGCUAUUAUGUGGAUAUGAAGUUGAAGUUGAAGAAGCAGGGGAUGACCCUUGAGGAGGACUUCGCGACGCUGCAGCGCUUGGGGAUAUUGAUUGAUUUCGACGAGGGUGGAUACUUGUUGCAGCUGUUCACGAAGCAUUUGCUCGAUCGCCCAACGGUGUUUAUUGAGAUUAUCCAGCGCAACAACUUCGAGGGGUUCGGAGCAGGGAACUUCAGGAGUCUGUUCGAGGCGCUCGAGAGGGACCAAGAGGGGAGGGGGAAUCUGGUUUGAGUGGUGGUGCCUUUCUGAGCGAUUUUUAGCGAAGCGGCUGAGGGGAGGAAUUUCUUGGACAUGAUAUUUUUUUUUUGGCUGGCGGUCCACACAAAGUGUAAAUAAAGCAUGGGGAGCGAGAAGUGAGGCAUACACAAUGAAUUUGAAAAAGUAUCUACACGG